AUGGUGCGACGCGAAGAGCUACCCACCAAUAUUGUCACGGAUCAAGAAGAAGAUAAGUUCAAAUUAACCAAGAUGCAGAUGGCAUGUUUGGAUUUUUGCAUUGAGCUGCUGAACCAGCGGGUUCAGGUGGAGGAUUAUGAGUGCGCGCUGGUAGACGCGUUGGCGGUGCUGGGACGGGGGGAGUAUGGAUGGUGCGACGCGGAGAGCUACCCACCAAUGUUGUCACGGAUCAUCAAGGUGGCACGGUUCAUGGUGGUGCACAAGGCGCUGCGACUGGACGCCAAUGCAUCCGACAUGCUGGCCAGGAACCAAGCAAGCCAGAUGGUGGGAGAGUGGGCCGUGGUGAACGCCAUGAAGGAGGCGGAUUACACGUUCACAGGCAAUCAGAAUGAAGGGUAA